AUGAGUUUUGGUGGAAAUCUAAAAGAGGGAGUUGUUAAUGAAGGUUUAGAUAGACAUGCUGAGAGUGAACUUUCUGAGGAGUUGAAUGGUAAAUUACAGUUAGUUGAAGGUUCAGGUUCAGGUUCAGGUUCAGAUUCAGGUGCGGGUGCUGGCAAUAUUGAUGCUAAUGAUAAUGAUAAUGACAAUAAAAGAAAUGAUGAUGAUGACGAUACUAAUGAUGUGGAUUAUGAAGAAGAUGACGACGAAGAAGAAGAAGAUGAUGACAAUUUAUAUAUAAAUGAAGAAACAGAAGUAGGUUAUAAAAAUGUGGUGGUAUCGCAUGCUCCAGAAGAGCGUAUUGUUCCACCGUUAAACUUUUGUCCCGUUGAGAGAUAUUUAUAUAGAUCAGGUCAACCUUCACCUGUAAAUUUCCCAUUUUUAUCUAAUUUAAAUCUAAAGACAAUUAUUUGGUUAGCUAACGAAGAACCUCAGGAUACAUUAUUGGAGUUCUGUGAAACAAAUGACAUUGAAUUGCAAUUCUCUGCUAUUAAUCCCGAUGCUGGAGAAGAUGAUAACCCAUGGGAUGGAUUGACAGAAAAUUCAAUUAUAAAUGCUUUACAAACAAUAGUUAGCAAUAAAAGUUAUCCAUUAUUAAUAUGUUGUGGUAUGGGUAGACAUAGAACCGGAACUGUUGUAGGUUGUCUGAGAAGAUUAAUGGGCUGGAAUCUUGCUAGUGUAUCCGAGGAAUAUAGGAGAUUCACAGGUAGCAGGGGCGGUAGAAUCUUAGUUGAACUUUUAAUAGAAGCAUUUGAUACAAAAUUAGUUAAAAUUGACGAGGAUAAAGCACCUGUAUGGUUACGACCAAUAACUGAAUGA